AUGGCUUCACAGAAGUUUCAAAAUUCUAAGGCUCGCCCAUCGGCGGAGUUGGACAAGACCUGGUAUGGCUUAUACACACACAUGACACGCGUCCCAGAAGAGCAGGCAGCCUUACUGGCCAACCAGACCAUCGGAAUCCCAGGAGACCCUGGCUGCCACGCAGUCAUCUUCGACGUGUUCCACUUGCUCCACUGUCUCGACGAACUUCGCAAGCAGAUCUGGCCUGAUCACUACCGCCCGUUCGCAGAGCGCUACCAUGUCGACCAGGACAUUGCGGAUCUGUACCUGGACCACUGUAUCGACGGCCCGCGCCAGGCUCUCAUGCGUGGUGCCGACAUGAGCACGAUCCCAUUCUACUUUAGGGAAGACGAGACGGACAUCGAGACUGUUGCGGGUCACCUGCACACAUAA